AUGGGGAAGUGAUUAUGCAUUUACAGUUAAUAUCGAGUGGGAGUGCAGCAAGUUUGAUACUUGCAAAUAAUCGGGAUGAUAAACAGUAAAACAGGCUUAAGCGGAUGGAAAACACGGAUUUUGUGCGAUGAAUUACGAGAAAAACGGAUUUGCUGGAUAAUUUUUUCUAUUUCAGAGUCCUUCUGGAACUCAUCGAUGCCGACCCAAUGGAGGACGCGCAGCAAGUCAAAUUGGCCCUUCAAGUGUUGGCCAACUGCUUCUGCGGCGCCGAUAUGGAAUCUUUGGGCCCAUCGACCUCACUGACGUCACUGAAUUCGAAUGAAACGUCAACGAAGAAAUCGAAGCCGGUCCUCAGCUUCCACGAAAGCGAACACAAGAUCGAAAAUGUGAUGCAAAAGGCUUGGGACGCGGCCCAGGAGAACAACGCACUUAUGGUAGGUUUCACCGGGAUUUCGAGAAAUGUCUUGCGACAAAAAAAUUUGUCGGUUGGAUCCUACAGUCCUGUAAAGAAAUAAUAAUAAGACUACGGAUAUGAGCUCUAUGAUAGUGCAAAAUAAUAGGACACAAGAUGUCAAAGAUUGUCAUAAGAAAGGCAAAAAAAACGUUAUCAUCCCAUAACUCCAGCUGUAUUGCUUAUGCGGCCUUGAAACAGGGCUAACAACGAAAAUCCGGCAAAGCGCAUAUGAAACUGGGUAUAGAGGCCCCGCAAUCCCAUCGAGAGGACUAAAAAACCCAUCCCACUAAUCGCACAUUUAAUUUACUUUUUCACUCCGUCGUUCGGGCUAUCUUAAUCUCCGCUCUGAUUCGAGUAGAAGUCGUAGGCCUCCCUGCUGGAAAACAGACGGAAGCGCUGUGCGAUUAGAAAGUCUGUCAUGGCUAUCAACAAAAAAUAAAGGACAAGACGUUUGUCCUUUCUUCUUCACCCAAUGGACUCUCCGAAUGGGUCAGAAUUAGUCCUUUGCCGGCGGCAAACAUUUAAUUAAUCAACGGCGAUAAAACAUCAUAGAUGCUAACAUGUCCCACUGCCAAUCAUACAGUCCCGGACAGGACAAUAUGACAAAAACGCAUCCAAUUGCGUCCUGGAUGCAGUAAAUUCCAUCCUUUUGCAUCCCUUCUCUGACCGAGAACGGCUCCUCUUGGUUCUCUUCAAAGGAAAACAGCGUUUUCGGUCAGAGCAGGGAUGCAAAGGGAUUCAAUUUACUGCAUCCAGAACGCAAUUGGAUGAGUUUUUGUCAUAUGGUCCUGUCCGGGACUGUAUGAUUGGCAGUAGGACUUGUUAGCAUCUAUGAUGUUUUAUCGCCGUUGAUUAAUUAAAUGUUUGCCGCCGGCAAAGGACUAAUUCUGACCCAUUCGCAGAGUCCAUGCUGGUGAGGGAGAAAGGGCACCUGCAAAGUUUUACAAACCCGUUUUCAUCGAACAAUAAAACGAAGAACCCUCGAGAAAAAGGCAUUUUCGAUUACUUUGACUAAAAAUGGAGGCCAAGGGAUUCACGCUUGAUUUAAGAUCCUUAUUUUGCUUGUGUAACAAAAGCGCGCUACGAAUGAUAAUACAGGGAAAUCAUCGCCUUACGCAGACGCAGACUUGUAAUCCAAGAUUUUUCCGUGAGUAAUAAGCCAAAAAGCUAGACAUUAGUUGCCCACGACCUUUCGAUUACAAGGUUAUUUGAAAACAGGAGGAAUUCUCACACGGCUCACACUUUAAUCGCGCUUGCUCCUUCCGAAUAUUGAACUCACAGAUUCCAUUUUCAAAGGCUUUGCGGAACACCCACUCAAAUGUUAAUUUUAUUGACAUCGAGGAUCGAAACAAGGUCUUAACCACAAGGCAUUAACGGGGUGUAAUGGAUGUCUCUUUUUUACCCUACCUUUGUCUCGAAAAUUGGGUAGGAGGGCCGGUGACGAAGCCAAAUUUUGGCCUCGAUUUACGGAUUACCUGGACAGUACGCCAUAACAAGCGGAAUUGACAAGAUGUCUAACACAUCCUAUUAGGCCAAGGCUCGAAUUUAAUAUCGGGUUCCGGAAAACUAUCGUGAAAUCGAUUAAAAUUUGAUCCAGUUAUCAGUCUGUCGGGAAAAUUAUGGGCACAAUGUCGCUGCGAGAAUCACGCCGCUGAAGCGAAAGAGAAUUUGGGUUUGCCGCGACAAAAUUCAUUUUCUCGGCAGCGACGCGAUUUUCGAUGCGACAUUGUGCUCAUUAUUUUCCCCACAGACUGAUCGCACCGAGUUAGAUUUCCGGCACGAAAGUGCUGUUUGUAUUCGAAUUUCCAGCCGAAUUAAAAUAGGUGAACAAUAGACGUUGACGCAAUGCACACGGAAAAUGAAAAGUUCGUGGGAUUUACGAGUGCGAUGAAGGCUAAUAUUUCCCGUUUUGGCAAUAAGCCCCCGAGAAAUCCCUAAAAAAAUGAAGGCGCCCAUAAUUUUGGCUAAUAGGGCUUUGAGGUAAGCGGAGAACAGUCAUUCCUCCUCUCUGUAAAAGUCAAUCCAAGAAGAGGCUUUGGUCCGAAAUCAAGACUACGAAAAAUGGACUGAGAAGAGAGCGGCAUUAGUCGAUGAGAUCCUAAACGUCAUUUAAGGAUUAAUCAUGCUCCGCUUGAGGUAAUGCCACCCAGAGUUGUACCCACCCUCACCCAUUUCGAGUUGCACUGCUAAUCCUUUUGCUUUUCGAAACCCCACUCUACGAAUUGAAGCCUCUCGCUGGGCGGCACUUUUACACCUACAACAACUAUAAUUCGAAGCUCAAAAGUAUUUUUGAAACAAAGACCCCCAAAAUAACCUGCAAAAUUUUUAAUGCACUAAAUUGGGAAAUUAUAUCCACGGAGGGCGUUUGCGGAAAACUGUAAGAUGUAGCUAAUGGAACAGAGAACGUUACGGGCAUCUGUUCAAAGGUUCAAGAAGUGAAGUAUUAUUCGGGGAGAGCAAAAAUAGUAAGCACAGAGAGCAGAAUACGACAGAAAUGCAAUUAAGUUUUUUUGGGUAUCAUUGCAGAGGCUGUUUGUUUUGCGUUUUUCUUAGUGUCAUAGUUCGGAGGCACGUGGUGGGGGAGCAAAUAAAGGACUAAAAUUUUGAUAAAGAAAUGUUUUGCUCGCGCUUUGCAAAACCCGCUAGGAUUUUAAGGUUUCUUUUGCUAUUUUACAUACUCUGUUUUGUAAAUAGAGUAUGUAAAGUGAUAAAAAAAUCGCUGAAUAUUCCGCGCCUGCAAGGGAAAAUGUGAAAAGCAUAAGCUAAAAAUUUAGAAAUUACCAUGUGGAUAGGCUCCAAUUUAAGAGAAAUUUCAAAAAAAUUAGAGCGCAUCUCAAGCCCCUUGCUUGUUAAUUUAACGUUAUCUUCUCACGAUUAGGAAGAUCAAAUCUGACUUUUUCUCAUCAGCUGUAAAUUAAAUUUUAAUCAGGAGUAAAUCACAAAAAUUGGGCCUUCUAAUUGACAGAUCGGAAGUUAAUUUAUUAGUCUAUCCCGAAAUAUCCAAUGGGUAGCGCGAUACGAAGAACAUGUGGUAUGGGCACUAAUCCCACUAAAAGUAUGGAAAACGAUGUUUACACAUUUUGAAAACAAAUAUCUUUAUUCGUCCCGGCUUUAUGGGAUGAUAAUUGGACUAAUAAUCUCCAAUUUAGAAUCCAAUUAACACAUUGAUUAGGACUUUACGUACAGUGGAAAAGUCUUCUACAUUUUGUAAACAUCGAAACGUCGCAAUCAAAUGUAAUUAAAUAUUAAACCCGUCGAGAUUACAUUUUCCCCGAUUCCAAAGACGUGGGAUGGAAAGUAAGCCGCACCACCGCUCGCGGAUAACGUUAACGUAAAGUAAUACCGAAAAUGUAAACAAGAGUUCCCUUAAUACUUGAGAAUGUGGAGGUGUUAUUUUGGAGGUAUCCGAAUUAGCACCUCAAAGAAAAUUGGUAAUUUCGGCGAAACGUUGGCAUGGAGAAGAUUUGGCUGACGAUUUAUGCAAAUCGGCGGCUUAAUCUUCCCGGAAACGUCAUACUAAUGAAUAAAAAAUGAGCCAUAACGGAAUUUACAACCCAAAUGGGAUUGAAAAAAAACCGAGGUGGUAUGGAGCGUACUGUCAUGGGAAAGAUGAAAAGUAUUCAAAUGCAUCCUUUUGCAUCCCUUUUCUGCUCGAAAAUAGUGUUUUACUUUGAAGAGAGCCAAGAGAAACUUUCGGAUUUUUAAGUCUUUCGACCUCAAAAUCCCUGUUGUUUCUGCAAUGAAAAAAUUACAGUGGAGGACUUGAUCCAGUGGCAAAGAACGUACCAUUUUGCAUCCGGAAAGUAUCAAAAAUGUGGCAAAAUGCUUCCCUCUCCAAGUGAAAAAACUUCGUUUUGAAAGGCGCGCCCUCUGCUUCAGAAAAAGAGCGGGCGCACUUUUGAAACCUGAGUUUUUUCACUUGGAGAGGUAGGCGUUUUGCCACAUUUUUUGAUACUUCCCAGAUGCAAAAUGGUACGUUCUUUGCCACUGGAUCAGGUCCCCUACUGUAUGAUGUAAAACAUGAUAAAAAUUUACGCCAAUCAUUAUCAAAAUCUCAGCCUUACACGUCGAGCACUUCCCCUUGGAAUGUAAGAGCAUAAAUGUAUGCUAGAUUUAUGUUGCAAAGAAAAGUUCGAAACCCCAAGAACGCAAGGUCCUAUCGAUUACAUGUCACACUAUCCCCUUGUCUUGAACCUCCAGACAAAGGGAAUAGUGCAUGCAGAAAGAGUAUUAUCCCAAAGGUACGAAGAGAUAAUGUAUUCGUCGAAGAAACCCCGAUUGACUAAUUGUAUAAGGGACGUGAGAUUAGCACUUUUAAAGGGGAGCGGGUUUGUUUCGCAAACUGAACAGAACGCCGGAUGAAACGCGAUAAUUGCCUCGACCGUUGGGCUAUUAUUUCAGAGAUCUGGCCUUAAUUCGGGGAAGGUUAUUGUCUUGUCAGUUUUGGCGGCUAAUCUCACAAUUGUAGACUUUGAUCCACUAUGUUCAAAUCGACGAACCGUUCACGGACGCCGACGCAAUUCACGUAGUUGCAUGCCGGGCUUUGAAUGGACUGGCCAGAUCGGAGAAGAUCAGACAGAUUUUGAGCAAACUCCCGUUGAUCGCGGAUAAUGAAUUGGCUUGUAAGUUAGGUUUAUUAAUCUGAAAGAUGAUGUUGGGAUGAACGGGAUGAAAGAAAUUUUUGGUUUGAUAAUUCUGAAACUUCAUUACACUGGAUUAAAAUGGCCAAAAGCGUUUUCCGUUGCCUCUGGGAAGCAUUCCGAAUGUCUCCAAAUACCUCCCCUUUGUGAUUGAAAACAGAAUUCUUUUGAAGAGAGAGCGAGAAAGUUGCCAUUUUGAGAAGAAAAGAGAGGGAAAGUUAGUAAUUCCCAAACGCUUUCCUCUCAUUUCUUUCCAAAAGGACAACUUUUUCGCUCUCCCUUCGGAAGAAUGCUGUUUUCAAUCACAAAGGGGAGGUAUUUGGAGACAUUCGGAAUGCUUCCCAGAGGCAACGGAAAGCGCUUUUGACCACUGCCUGUCCAUCGCUUUACAGGGAUCUCAGUUGUAACCUUUGCUGUUUUCAGCCCUAACUCGAGGCCCCGUUCUUCAAGAUCGAGCCUCCGAACACGCCGACUUCGUGAAAGAAGCGCGCCAGCUGAUCCGCCGAGUACAUCAGACCGAUUUCGAUGGAGCAGCAGAAGACUUGACCUACGAGAAAAUGGUCAAAGCCAAGGUGAUCAAGCAAACGAAAAUCGAUUUUGAACAAACUGGCCUUCAACAACUGAUACAUGACUAUCUGAUGCAGACUGGAUUCGAACAAUCAGCCCAAAUGCUCCAAAUCGAAGCGGGAUUGGAGCCGGCGUUCACGGCGGCCACCCCCAAAAGCUUGGUUAAGGUGAGUGAGGAGUUUGGGAAGAAAAAAAUGUAGUAUUGGACAUGAGAUUUUUACUGGAAUUUGUAGAUUUUAGAGGAUGAAAAAAUUCUUUUUUGCAGCUGCAGAGCGAUCGUAAAGUUCUUAAUUUGCCUUACGGAUUAUGUUCCAGACGUUUUCCCUGCGGUUUUUGUAAUUUACGACACAGAAAAUCCCAAGAAAAGUACAUCCGGAGGCUUAUCUUUUCCUAAUAAAAAAGAUUUUCGGCACAUGAUAAAUUUGAUAAAAAAUGAUGCCGAAACUUCACAGAUCACGUCAUGAAUUUCAGCCCCGCCGAUUAGCCGGCCUGGAGAAUAAAGAGCCCAUGAAGAGCAUUUUUGAAUCACCGAACUCGCCAACUGAUGACACUCUGAAAUCAGUGCCAUCUUUGCCAUUCUCGGAUGAGCUGACCACAAGGUCAGAAGCGUCACCGAAAUGCUCCACCCCCGCAAAACCGUCGAGGAAAAGUUUGAGCCAGAAAACUAAGCAGAGUAAGGGAGACAUGAUGGUUUUUAGAUCAUUUUUUGUUUAUUUUUGAUUAAUUUGAAAUAAUUUUUUUAUUUUGUAGAAAAUCGCGGAACCCCGGUGGAAAAUGACCUGAAAUGGAGUAAGUUUUGUUGGUAAAAUACGAAAGUGAAAUAUCGAAAUAAAAAAAAAAUUAAAAAAUUUUUUUACUGAUGAAUUUCCAAAUUUCAGAAGUCGUCUCCAAAUUUGGCGCCCCCUCGACCCCAGCCAACCAGUCGGUCCCAAAUCGACGCUUCUCCCACAACAAGUCGUCUCUCCUGGCCCAACAAUCCCUCCCGUUCUCGAACCGGCACAUGGAAAACGCCAUCUCGAUGACUGAAAAACAAGUCCCGUUGAAGCCACACAAGGCCUUGACGGAUAUUGUCACGGAAUACUUUCGAAAUCAGCACGCUCACUGCGAACAACCUGUCGUCACUUGUCCUCCAUUUUCGUUUUAUUAGUGAGUUUUUUGUAGUUAGUUUUUAUAUGCCUAUAAGUAGUGGAGGACGCUGAUUUUAAUUUUUUUCUUUGCUUUUUUUUAGUCCUCAUCGGUGCCCGAAGCCCCGCGACCUUUUCCGCGCCCCCAUCAACAUUGUGGACCGCUACUUCCACUCCCAGUCCAUGCCCUACCGCCACUCCCACACCAUGUUCAACCGCGCCAACCGCAACUUCGCCUUCUCCCACUACUGCCCCGUGGACCUGUUCGACAUGGAGGGCGAGACGUUGACCGCGUGCGCCUUCUCCUACGACGACAGCUUCAUCCACUUGGGCACCUACUCGGGCGACGUGCAUUGGAUGAGCCUGGUGACCGGGCGCUCCGAGUCCAGCACCUCAUGCCACAACACCUUCAUCACGUCGGUGCAACAUUCGAAGGACGGAACCUUGCUUCUGACCUCCUCGGUGUAUGUCCCCCCAUUGUCGGCGUUGUGGAGAACCGGCGACACUCAAGACGUACUGCACACGUUCGCGGAUGAUAUGGACAUGAGCUUCGGCUACACUUCGAAUGAUAAAAUCAUUGGAACGCAGAUGUAUACGGCUAAUGUGAGUUGUUGGAACUUUUUGGGGGGCGUUUACAAGGAAAGGGUUUGAAAUGUGGCGCUCAGAUUGUGAUGUGGUUUUACAGUGCUAGAUAAAUUUCUUUGAAGAAAAAUGCAAGAUUUCCUAGAUCGCGCUUUGCAGAGACGGUCGAAAUUUUCAAGUAGUAAGUUGGCAAAAAAUUUUUUUUAAUUCAUGCGUUCAAUUCAGGUUUGCUCAAAAUUUAGCGAAAUCUGAGCGUCGCACUUGGGACAUUUCCCUUGAUUUUUUUUUUUGGUUUUGUUACUGAUUUUGUUGGCUUCAAAAUUGUGAACGUCAUCAUUUCAGAUAUACGACACGAACACUGGCGAGCUGAUCAACACCCUCUACAACGCCGAAGCCGCCAAUCGUUACCAAGGCCUGCUGCGGAACAAGGCCUGCUUCAACCACACCGACACCCUCGCCCUGAACGACGGAAUUUUGUGGGAUGUGCGCACGAACGGCCGAAACGAAAUUGUCCACAAGUUUGACAAGUUCUCCAACGAAUAUUGCGGGAAGUUCCAUCCGAACGGGAAUGAAGUCAUCAUCUCGGGCUCGGUCUGGGACAUUCGAACCAACGGCCUUCUGAAACAUGUGGUUGCCCUGGAUGCAUGCGACUAUUUCUUCAACAACACCGGUGAUAUCAUCUUCAGCGUGACGGCGAAGGAGCAACCGGUCCGCGAUGAUCAAUUCUUCUCGGCAUAUGAGUCCAAUUUCAGGGUCAUCGACUCGUUCGAUUACCAUGUUGUAACCACCGUCGACACGAAACGCGACAUUGCCGGAUUCGCCGUCGAUCACGCUGACCGACACAUCUGCACCAUCGAGAAGUCGAGGACAAGCGAAGAGCCGUCGAUUUGUCGAAUCUACGAGAUCGGAAAGCCGGUGGAGUUCGCGACCGGCGAAGAUGGAAACGAAGACGAUGACGACGAUAAUAACGAUGAUGAUGACGAUGAUGUGGAUGGCAUCUUCCCAUCAUCGAAUGGAACCUUCGAUUCGGACAAUUCGAGCGCCAGCACGGACAGCAGCGACGAUGAUCAGGAGGACAGCAUCAGCGAUGACACGGAGGAUGGAAUCCAGGAAAUGCUCGAAGAUCUGGCCCAACAACCCGGUUUCGAAGACUACCAAAGCGAUGAGGAGGACGAAGGCCCGCUCGAUGAAGAGGAUGGGGAAGGGCCGGACCCAGACGAUGAUUCGGAAUACGACUCAGACUUUAAUCCAAAUUCAGAUGAGGAAGAUGUCUAA